AUGUUCCCAUCCGCAUCUCUUACAGUGUUCGUAAGACGCCUCGCAGCAUUAGCUUACACACGUGUGCUUGUAUGUGUAUGCAUGUGUGUGUGUCUGUCGCUCACUUCUCCUCUCUUUUUCCUUCUCCCCACACUCUCCUCUCUCCGCUGCCGGGUCUCUGCCUCCUUGACAGCGUCAUCUGAAGUCUUGAAGUAA